AUGCAAUCUAAAGAAAUUAGUUUUUUAACCAUUUAUAGAAAUUUGGUUAUAAAAAAUUAUAUUUUAUAUCAUUUGAAAAUGUUAAAUAUUCAUUUCCAUAAAAGAAUUGUAACGAAAAAAUCAAUGGAUUACCAAAAUAGGGAAUAUUUAAGAUCUGUUGUAUUAUAUUACCAAGACGAUGUAUUUCUUUUAAAUACACUUAUUAAACAAUUACCACGAUCAGUCCGAACUAUUCAAUUAGCUGGAAAAUUAGAUAAUGGCAAUCUAUUGAUUAUUCCAAGUAAUAUUAAAACACUUAGACUAGGGGAUAAUAUUUUUGACUCGUUGGUAAUUCCAGAAACUUUAGAAAGUCUUGAUAUGGGCAGCCUUUUUAAAUCGCUCAUAGGUCGUAGCUCUAACUUUUUUCCAACUAGUGGUCUGGUGUAUCUUAAUUUAGGGAGUCAAUUCAAUGACAAUUUAAAAGAGGGGGUACUUCCAACAACAUUAAAAACACUCAAACUAGGUUCUUUUAAAGAAAAUAAUGAAGCAUAUUUUCCAAAGAGUAUUACCGAUUUAGAUUUUGGCGAUGGAUGUCGUAAUUUAAAGCUUUCAUCUUACAAUCUCCCACCCGAUUUAGUUAAGCUAAGACUUGGCAAAUCAUUCAAUGGUCCUUUACUGCCAGGUUCUCUUCCAAACUCUUUAAAAAAGCUUAUACUUCCAGAAAAAUAUCAAGGCGAAAUUAAACAAAAUACUUUUCCAUUAUCUAUCACAUCACUUAAAUUCGAACUAUUCGAUGAUGAUAAUCCAGGCUUCGGAAUCGAACCAAAAAGACGAGACCUUGAUUUAGGGCUACUAGUAGAUUUAAAAUCUCUUCAAUUUGGAUCAAGAUUUAAAGCAAAAAAUGCACCUAGUAAACUCUAUAAAUUCUCAACCUUUUCAAAAAGUUUUUCAAAAUGCUUUGAAAAAAUGCCAAAGGAAAUAUUAAGUUUAGAAUUUUUAGAUCGUAUUUCAAAUACCAAAAAUCUAGAUUUAGGCUUAUCAUCAAUUAAUGUUUACUCCCUUGUGGCACCCAGUAUUUCUAAAUAUAUUUCAAUUCCAGAAACUGUAAAGCACCUCACAACAAGAAACUUUUAUGUAAAUCCCCAUAAAACCAUCACCAAUUAUUCAGCUCCAAAACAUGUAGUAUCAUUUAGAGAUAUCUACCAUGGACAUGAUGGUAAAAAUAGAGAUUAUUCCAAACUGACCAAAAUCAAGGCACUAUCAACCUAUUUUACCUACAACUACGAAAAAUUUAUUCUACCAACAGUUGGAAAUUUAAAACUUUUAGAGUUAAACUAUAUCUUUGCUGAAGAUUUUUUAAUGGCCAUUGUUCCCUCAUCCGUUGAAACUUUAAUAAUCAGAGGUGCAGCAAAUAUAAAAUUACCAUUACCAAAAAAUAUCACAUCAAUUUACAUAAGCUCAACAAAUUAUCAUUUCCUCAAUAACAUUAGUUUUAGAAAAGAACCAGAUUUAAUGGAAAUAAUUAAAGUUAUUGACGAUUCAAAUGAUAUAUUUAAAAAACUAAUUAAAGAUUUAUAA